GAGGCCUUGCAGAAAGAGCGCGAAGCCGAGACUCCGGAACUGGAUUGCUUUGCCUACUUUGAGCACGACUACAAGUACGUAUGCGAACAGGAGCACCAGCUGCUUACGCUCGUCCGAGUCGACCGACUCCGAGACACGAUCACGGACGCUGAGUAUCACGAGAUCGAACUCGACUUCUACCGCUCGGUAUACGCCCAGAUGGUUCACGAUAAACUGCUCGGCAAGCACAAGACAGACGGCGAGCUCACGCUAGAUGGCCUUCGAGGGAUGAAGGCAUCAUAUAGACGAAUGCUAGCAGCAAAUGGGCUCACUGGCGAUGCAUUGAGGGAAAAGCGGCUGGAGAUUACGAAUCAGAAGUACUGGAAACCAGAGGCCGAGCUUCUUCAGCAAAAAGCC